AUGCGUACGAUCGGAGACGGGCUUUUACGUGUUUAUGUUGCUGUGCGUUUGUCGAAGCGUAUUUUUUCAGAAGAUUAUAUUUGUCAACGGUGCAGAUUACAAUUUUUUCAUUGGCUGCGUGUGAUGGAAUGUGACUUUGAUCGAUUUUGUUCACGUGACAUAAGUGAUAAUGAAUUCUUCACCAAUGAUGACGAUAAAAUUGCCAUGGUUGUUGAUAACUAUGAGGAACGAAUUGUGGAAUCAAGCGUUCAAACCGAUCCGCAGACACCAAGAAUUAGUAUUCCUGUUUUUAGAUGCUCAAAAAGUCACCAGUUUUGUGUUAUAUGUGAUAUUGAGAUAAUAUCGGCUAAAGUGCUAUCAUCUGUCCAACCGACAAUGAUCUUUUUGAAACGUGGUGUUUUUGUUUCUUCAGGAUCGCGUUGUUGUUCUGAACACGUAGUCAAAAAACAGCUCACUGUUGAAUCUUUCGAUAAGAUUUGUAUAACUAGAACUGAUUGUUGGACACUUGAUUCAUUCGGAUUACAAUACCCAGGACGAGCUUUACGACGUCCGUCUACGGUGAAAUACGGGCCGUAUACGGCCGUUUUCUGCCAUAUACGACGGUAAAUCGCCGUAUUUGGCCGUAUUACAUGGCUCCGUAUUACGAUCGUAAAUCUCCGUGUCGUAAUAC